UCUAGGCCACCGUAGGGAAACACUUAAAGUAGCAGCUGGAGUGAACUGUGUCAUCACAACUUACGCCGCUUCAUGUCACGCUCAGAACUCACAGCAAGUAUGUUUUCAUUUUGGAGAACCCUUACUAUACCUCGCACUGCUAGUGGGACUGCAGCGGACUUCUUCUUUCUACCUCGUCAAACGUCGGUUCUCUACCCCAACCGAAAGUGCUCGGGGAAAAGGUACAAUGUGCCACCGAGCGCCGAGUUUGUUGCCAGAGUGUCGGGGAUCCCCACCAUGGCCAAGUUACCUUUCCAGGAGACAGCGGACGGGCUAGACGCGGCGUUUAUCGGGGUCCCAAUUGAUACCGGGACCUCCAACCGACCCGGAGCAAGGUUUGGCCCCCGGCAGAUCCGAGUGGAAUCUGCCAUGUUGAGAUCUUACAACAGUGGCACCAGGGCAGCGCCUUACGAGUCCCUCAUGGUGGCUGAUAUUGGGGACGUCAAUGUGAAUGUGUAUGACCUGAAGGACACCUGCAAACGCAUCAGGGAGGCCUACAGAAAGAUCCUGGCUACCGGCUGUAUUCCUCUGACUAUGGGUGGUGAUCACACAAUUGCAUAUCCAAUCCUGCAAGCUGUUGCUGAGAAGCAUGGCCCAGUGGGGCUGAUCCACGUGGAUGCUCAUGCUGACACAAGUGAUGUGGUCUUGGGGGAGAAGAUUGGACAUGGGACUCCAUUCAGACGUUGUGUGGAGGAAGGGCUACUGGACUGCAAGAGAGUGGUUCAGAUCGGGCUGCGCGGUUCAGGCUACUCUCCAGAUUCCUAUGAAUGGAGCCGGGCGCAGGGUUUCCGUGUGGUACAAGCGGAAGAGUUUUGGUUCAAAUCUCUUGCACCUGUGAUGGCUGAGGUCAGAGGUCAGAUGGGCGGCGGUCCAGUAUACCUCAGCUUCGACAUCGAUGCUCUUGACCCGGGUUUUGCCCCGGGAACAGGCACACCAGAGAUAGCAGGGCUUACUCCCAUACAGGGAGUUGAGAUUAUUCGGGGCUGUCGUGGUCUAAACCUUGUUGGAUGUGAUCUGGUGGAGGUGUCUCCACCCUACGACACCACAGGAAACACUGCACUGACUGGUGCCAACCUUCUUUUUGAAAUGUUGUGCGUGCUCCCAAAAAUGAAAUACUACUGAUCAUUACAGACUACACACACAACAGAACAGGUAGUUUGUUCAUAAUAAUCAAUUGAGCAGCCUGCCCUGCUGAAUAAACCGGUAAGGAAGGCAAAUUACCCAACAUAUACAUUUAAAAGUUUGAAUCGAUAAACAUUGCAUUUCAUUGCAACCAUCAAGAUGAUGAAUGCACUAUUGAAGACCCUUUGAAACUCGACUGUAGCAGACAUCAUGUACACUAGCUUGUAAAAAGCGUUUUGAUAAAUCAAAGUCCAAAAUAUUCUCAUCUUUCAAGCUGCAUACUUGGUUGUACUGUACUUGUGGUUUUUAUCUGUGAAAUGCGCUCUAUAAAUAAACUUUACUUACUUACUUACUACUUAC